AUGGAUGUAAAUGUCUCAUUUUUUGAUUUCAUCGGAGGAGUUCAGCUCCUCCAGGGACAGGAGACCCGGACAGCCAUCCCCGUCAUCAUCAUCGGGAUCUGCGUGUCCGGAGCAGUUGGAAACUUGUUGGCUUUACUGAUUUUUUUCCGUGACUUCAGAAACGGCAGAGGUUCCGAAGCCAAGGCGCUCCUCGCCUCCGUGGCUUCCACGGACCUGCUGAUCCUGCUGCUGUGCGCACCGGUGCGCGCCGUCACCUUCUACAAACGGACCUGGACGUUGGGGAGUUUUGUUUGCAGCACAGCGGACUGGUUCCAGCACUGCUGCGUGGUGGCAAAAACUCUGAUGCUGGCCCUUACGACCAGAGCUAAGCACACCGUGACCACAGGCGACGCCACCACUGAACACCUGUGCGGCGCGUCGUGGAUCCAUGGGGCCCUGGUAUGCAUCUGGAUCGUAGCCAUGAUGUUCCCGAUCCCACAGAUGCUGUUUGCCUCUUUGCUGCCCUACGGCUCGGACACCAUCUGUGUUUCGGAAGUGCCUGGCUGCGCCUCUGAUUUCAUGAGUUUGUUCUACAAGAUUUAUCCGACCGUCACCUUCGUGGUGCCGGUCAUCUCCACGGUGGCGUAUUACACCAAAACGCUGCACGACGAGGUGAACAACGUCCCCAACCCUCAGCACCAAAGCAAAGUCACGCUUGUUUUACUGUGUCUCAGUGGCACACUCGGGCUCAUGCUGCUGCCGGAGUGGGGCACCUUCACCUGGAUCAGGCUCGGCUACAACAAGCCGCCCGCUGGUUUGUUAAUCUUCGCGCAGCUGUUGCUUUACGCGUGCAGCGCGCUUUCUCCGGUGAUCCUCAUGACCAUGUACGAUGACGUGCGUCAAGGUCUCUUCAACAUCUGGUUCAUGGCCACCUGCAGAGGCUCAAAGAACACCCCUGGCACCAACACAUGUCCGAAAACCGAGGAGAAUGCAACGGAGGCGCACGGCGCGACUAAUGCCGUGGUUGCCAACGCGGUGUCGGUGGAGACGGACAAGGAGAACGAGGACAAGGAGAAGACUUUCCCGGAUUUGGAGCACUUCUGGACGGGGCGCAGAAACACGCAGGUAGAGCAGGAGCAGGACCCGGUUCCGUGGGAAAAAGAGGAGAAAAUGUUGUAG